GUAGCAACAGUUGCCUCGAGACUCCCGCACGCCAUAGUGACUGUAGCCGUGGAGACAGUUACUUACCAACGGGUGCAACACUCAGCAACAGCAGCAGCAGAAGCAACUGGAACUCAACGAGCAAGUGAGAGAGGGGAAAGAGAGCACAGCCAGGGCAGAACUUAUACAAGGCAAAGGUCCCAGCAUGCAGAGUUCAGAUGGAGGGUCCGAUUCGCCGUCCAGUGUGGCGCUGCGUACGUCCACCUCCACCCAGGCCCCCGUGGUGCAGCCCGUCCCAGCCUCACAACAGAGGGUGCUGGUUCAGGCCACAGGUUCGGCCCAGAAGGGAGCGCAGGUGCAGCAGCUGUCAGUCUCUCGGGUGCAACAGGUCUCUCAGCAGGUUCAGCAGGUCCAGCAUGUUUACCCCUCCCAGGUUCAAUAUGUAGGAGAGGGGGGAGAGGCAGUUUACAGUAAUGGAACCAUCCGGACAGCCUACUCCUAUAACCCCGAGGCCCAGCUGUAUGGGCAAGGUAGUGGAGGAGCCUACUUUGACUCUCAGGGUGGGGGUGCCCAGGUCACCACGGUGGUCUCCUCGGCCGGCGGCGGGCCGCCCCACGGUAUGGUGGGCAUCGCCAUGGAUGUGGGCGGUAGUCAGGUCAUCUCCGGUGGCGGCACCUACCUGAUCCACGGCGGGGGCAUGGAUGGGGGUCGCCACCAUGCCUCACACUCUUCCCGCUCCUCCUCCGCUAUGCUUGAAAUGGCGAUUGAAAACCUCCAAAAGUCUGAAGGGAUUGCAACUCACAAAAGCAGCCUGCUCAACAGCCAUCUGCAGUGGCUGCUGGAUAACUAUGAGACAGCGGAGGGGGUGAGCCUGCCCCGGAGCUCCCUCUACAACCACUACCUGCGCCAUUGUCAGGAGCAGAAACUGGACCCGGUCAACGCUGCCUCCUUCGGGAAACUCAUCCGCUCGGUCUUCAUGGGCCUCAGGACCCGCCGCCUCGGCACUAGGGGCAACUCCAAGUACCACUACUAUGGCAUCAGGCUGAAGCCAGACUCACCACUCAACAGACUGCAAGAGGACUCUCAGUACAUGGCCAUGAGACAGCAACCCAUGCACCAGAAACAGAGUCAUCCUUUAGUUCUUCCCAGCCCCACCCAAUAUAGCUGUGCUGCCCUCUCCCCUUUCCGCAGGUUCAAGCCCCUCCAGAAGGUGGAUGGCAUGGGAGACAGCCUGUCAGGAGGCUCCCAGCACUCAGCCAGCACCCCAGAGCAGUCUGUGGCAGCCCAGAGCCAGCACCACCAGCAGUACAUUGAUGUGUCACAUGUCCUGCCCCCGUUCCCCACCCCUGACCUCGGCACCCAGCCCCUCCCCGAGCGUAUCAACAUAAAUGAUGUGAAGAAGCUGCAGAACCUGUACAGGGACCACUGUGAGGCUACUCUGGAUGUGGUGAUGAACCUCCAGUUCCACUACAUUGAGAAGCUGUGGCAGACCUUCUGGUAUUCAACAGCGCCAUCUAGUGACGUAACCAUCACCAUCCCCAACAGUGAUGAGGACAUGGAGGGCGUGAUCCCAAGGGAGAAGCUGAUGGCUCUGUGCAAGUAUGAGCCUGUCAAGCUGUGGAUGAGGAGCUGUGACCAUAUCCUGUACCAGGCCCUGGUGGAGAUCCUCAUCCCUGACGUGUUACGCCCUGUCCCCAGUACUCUCACUCAGGCCAUUCGCAACUUUGCCAAGAGUCUGGAGGGCUGGCUGACCACAGCCAUGAGCGACUUUCCCAAUGAGAUUGUACGCACCAAGGCAGCGGUGGUGAGUGCAUUUGCUCAGACCUUGCGUCGGUACACCUCUCUGAACCACCUGGCCCAGGCGGCCCGCGCCGUGCUGCAGAACACCUCACAGAUCAAUCAGAUGCUCAGCGACCUCAACCGCGUCGACUUCGCCAACGUACAGGAGCAGGCGUCGUGGGUAUGCCAGUGUGACGAGACUGUGGUCCAGCGGCUGGAGCAGGACUUCAAGGUGACCUUGCAGCAGCAGAGCUCUCUGGACCAGUGGGCCGCCUGGCUGGACAACGUGGUCAACCAGGUGCUCAAGCCCCACGAGGGCAGCACCAGCUUCCCCAGGGCUGCAAGACAGUUCCUGCUGAAGUGGUCCUUCUACAGCUCCAUGGUGAUCAGGGACCUGACCCUGCGUAGUGCUGCUAGUUUCGGCUCCUUCCAUCUCAUCAGGCUGCUCUACGACGAGUACAUGUUCUACCUGGUGGAGCACCGCGUCGCCCAGGCAACCGGAGAGACGCCCAUCGCUGUCAUGGGAGAAUUCAGUGACCUAAACUCAAUGCUGCCCAUGCUCAUGGAUAAAGACCCGUCCUUCUCAGACGACAUGAGUGACAUGGGCAGUGACGAGGGCCGAGGGCCCAACGAGCCGGCUGUGAAAAGGGAGAGGAUCGAAAUCAACCACUCGCUGCAAGAGAUCUGAGACCAGAUGAGGCCCGUGACCCUCUCUCAGGAGCCCUGCUGAAGCUCUGGGCUCUCCUGGUCCUGUCAGCACACUAAGAGCCGCUAGCCCAGCCUGCUACACAGCGAGUUUGUUCAGUGUAUAUAGAGAAGAGCAGCAGGCUCAGCCCCUACCCAACCACUCCUCCAAGUUAGUGUAUUUAAAGGGGGACUCUUUAUCCCAGGGAAAACAAUGAAUGCUCACCAAGGGGGUCUGGUUUGACCUGACAGGGGUAUACAGUUCAAAUGUAUUUUCUUUGUUUUUUUCCUGUUUUGCAACUGUGAAUAAGGAUGACUUUGUGCAGUACCCAUGUUGGAUACAUGUAACUUUGUAUGAGUGGUGUGUUUCUUAUCCUUUAUUAGCUGUGCCAUAGUGUAAUUCCAGUGCCUUAGAUGCUAACUCUUUAACCACCACUACUACAGAUGUCUAUCUCCUCCCUCAGCUGUGCCUCUACCGCAGUAUGAAUGUAUUGUUUCAGAACCUCAGACAUUCUAAAGCACCUUUAAACCUGUAGGUGUAAUAGGAUUAUUCUAUACGUGUUGCCUCAACGCACAUUGAUGCAACCAACUGACCCAAAGGACUUGUCCCUCUCCCACCAGCGCGGCCACUCCCGUGGCUCUGUCAGUAGGGCCUGAUGCAGAAAAAAAUACCCUAGUCUCAUAGUUGAUGGGAUGGCAGGGACCUCUAACACCCUGGCCGUAUGAGAUGAUUAGUUACCUCCUUUUCUAUGCUCUGCUCUGUUCUUAUGAGGCAACUAUAAAAGAGUAGCCACUGUUAACUCCCCCAUACUCAAGUAACCUUCUCCAUGUAUAUAUAUAUAUAUAUCACUUUUCAUCCAAAUUGUAACUAUUCUAUGAUGCUGUUUGGCAUCAACUCAAUUUCAGGAUGCACACAAUGCUGGUCUCAUUGAUCCAUGACUCUAGAACUUUGGGGGUUUCUAGAUGUCACACCCCAGAGUCUAGGACAAGCCAGUUGCAUCUAUAUUGAUGAGACCUUUAGAUUGAUGUUUUAAGGACUGAAAGGAGAGUGGUGGACUGUGUUCAGGAAACCACCAGAUUGUAUGUAUAUAUAUAUAUAUAUAUAUAUGAUGAUCUACCUUCUGGGUUAACUGGAGCUGUCUGGCAUCCAUUUUGUGGAGCCGUAUGUCUGGCCCAAACUGGGCCAUGUCGAAUUUCUUAAGGGACGUAAAAUAGUAUGUAUUUACCAAAACGUGAAAGAGUGUUGGACCUCCGAAGCCAAAACCCUUAAAAGGAAACUCCUAAUUGCAUCUGUUCAGUUCAACUGAUGCUCUGAGUUCAGAUAGUGUGGCUCACACCCCUAAUGGUACCGUUACUCAAAUGGACUCGUUCCAUUUUGAUUGGAGGGGGAAAUAUUCAGAAUAUCCUGAUCCAUGUUUAGUUUAUUGCUCGAUAUAUGAAAGUGUAAACGGCUCGAGCCGGUUUCUCUAAAGAUGAUUACAUAUUAUAUAGCCGUACAAUUGUACUGUAGAAGGACUGAUUGUGUGAAACCAACAAACUGUUAAACAUUCAUACAUAAAUAUAUUUCUUAAUAUGAUGUAGAAAAUGUGUUUAUUAAUGGCCUUUGUGUUCACAUGGGGCUGGAUCACACCGGUAUCGUGGAAGAUUGAAAUUGAAAGGCAACGUUCAAAGACUGCAUUCACGGUAAACUGAAAUGACCUUUACAUUUUUAAACGCGGAUCUUCCGCAAUACGGAUUGAAUCCAGCACUUGGUCUUUCCCCAAUCAUUUCUCUCUUCCCAUACUGUACUGUUUGUGCUUUGAUUAUUUAGUGACUGGGACUGAUGUGUGUAUGUGUGUGACGCAGACGUUGUCUUGUUUUGAUCAUUUUCUAUGUCUUAUGGUCAACACAACAAUAUUUAACUGUAACAAUGUUGAUAUUUGGGGUGUAAGUGCCCAAUUAACCGUCAGUCAUGUGUCCAUAUUGAGAGAAUCUCCAUUUCUAUUUAUGAAAACAUAACUGAUUUAAUUACUGAUUGACAUGACUUUUUUUUUAAACACUUUUGGUUGAAUUUUACUUCCCCCCCCCCUCAGAGUUUGUAGUAGCUUGAGAAUCCUGAGCUCUUUGUAACUCGUGCCUGUCACAGUACUUUGCCUUUUUAAGUGCUUUGGAAAGUAAUUUCUAUGUGAACUUUAAUGUUUUUUGUAAUGCUGUUAGACUUUUGGCUGAGGAUUAUUUUUUAUUGAACUAAAUCUGGUUCUUCUUAAAAGUAUAUUGAACCCUUAUUUUUAUGUAUUUUUAAACAUUCUUGACUACACUUUACCUAGCUUGAGGGCAUACAGUCUGUAACAAACUGCAUAGUUCAACUGUAUUUUGUACUGAUCAAUGUGUAAUAAAUUGGUGGAAACCAUC